CUCACCCCGCCAGGGGCGGGCGCCUGCUGCGCUUCAUGCCCCGAGCGUAGCUGUGCCGGCGGCGGGGCUCGUGCCCAGAGGCAUAUUAUGGAACCGAGCCCAGCAGGAGGAGGCGGAGGUCCAGGGGAACCAGCACAUGCCGUGGCACUGCUGCGGGGUCUGAGUGCGCUGCGCUCUGAGCGGAGCCUGCUUGACGUGACAGUGGUGGCCGGGGGCUGUGAGUUUGGGGCGCACCGAGCUGUGCUAGCCGCAGCUUCUGGCUACUUCCGUGCCAUGUUCGGUGGGUCACUGCGGGAGUCCCGGGCCGAGCGGGUGCGGCUACAUGGGGUGGACCCUGAGUGCCUGGCGCUGCUGCUCGACUUUGCCUACACUGGUCGGGUGGGGCAGCUGGGCCCCGACAUCGCAGAGCGGCUGCUGCGUGCUGCCGACCUACUGCAGUUCCCAGCUGUAAAGGAGGCAUGCGGCGCUUGGCUGGCCCGGCAGCUGGAGCCGGCCAACGCGCUGGACAUGCAGGACUUCGCGGAGGCCUUUGCUUGCCCAGCCCUUGCAGCUGCCGCACACCGCUUUGUGCUGCGCCAUGUGGGUGAGCUGAGCACGCAGUUGGAGCACCUGCCGCUGGCGCGGCUCAUCUCCUACUUGCGGGACGAUGAGCUGUGUGUGCCCAAGGAGGAGGCUGCCUUCCAGCUGGCACUGCGUUGGGUGCGUGCCGAUCUAGCUGCCCGUGCCCCGCUGCUGCCGCAGCUCCUGGCCCAUGUGCGCUUGCCCUUUGUGCGCCGUUUCUACCUGCUGGCGCAUGUGGAGGGCGAGCCCCUGGUGGCGCGCUGCCAGCCCUGCCUGCGCCUCCUGCGGGAGGCCCGCGACUUCCAGGCUGCCCGCUAUGACCGGCACGACCAGGGGCCAUGUGCUCGCAUGCGGCCACGACCCUCCACCGGCCUGGCAGAGAUCCUUGUGCUCAUUGGCGGCUGUGACCGUGAUUGCGAUGAGCUGGUCACCGUUGAUUGUUACAACCCACGCACGGGGCACUGGCGCUACCUGGCCGAGUUUCCUGAGCACUUGGGCGGCGGCUACAGCAUAGCGGCGCUGGGCAAUGACAUCUACGUGACAGGAGGAUCAGAUGGGUCAAGGCUCUAUGACUGUGUCUGGAGAUACAAUUCUAGUGUGAAUGAGUGGACAGAAGUGUCUCCAAUGUUGAAAGCAAGAGAAUACCACAGCUCUACAGUCUUGGAUGGACUGUUGUAUAUCAUAGCCUCAGACAGCACAGAACGUUACGACCACUCCAUAGACGCCUGGGAGGCUUUGCAGCCUAUGCUGUACCCAAUGGACAACUGUUCCACCACAUCUUGUCGUGGCAAACUCUUUGCUAUUGGCUCUCUAGCAGGCAAAGAAUCCAUGGUUAUACAAUGUUAUGACCCUGAAACUGACCUCUGGUCCCUAGUGAACUGUGGACAGCUGCCUCCGUGGUCUUUUGCACCAAAAACUGUGACUCUUAAUGGACUUAUAUACUUUAUAAGAGAUGACUCCGCUGAAGUGGAUGUUUACAAUCCAAUGAAGAAUGAAUGGGACAAAAUCCCUCCUAUGCUUCAGGUUCAUGUUGGAGGGAGCUUGGCUGUGCUUGGUGGGAAGCUCUAUGUCUCUGGUGGCUACGAUAACACAUUUGAACUUUCAGACGUGCUGGAAGCUUAUGAUCCAGAAACUCGAACAUGGAGCAUAGUGGGACGGCUGCCUGAACCCACCUUCUGGCAUGGAAGUGUCAGCAUAUUCCGACAGUUUAUGCCACAAACUACACAAGACGACGACAGUAUCGCUCUGGAUAAUGCCAUUAACCUAAACAGGCAGCGCCAGAAUCUUCAUAAUCAGAAUCUUAAUGAGUUACGUUAACAGUAGAAAAACUUCUCUGGCUUGAAGUGAAUUCAUUACAAAUAACCAGUGUCACUUUGGGGGAGGGCAGGAGGCAAACUGGUGCUUGGAAACUCUGAAAUGGAUUGAUCAGUAAUUGCAAGUAGAGGGGAAGUAAAAACCCUGAAAGAUUAAAAUGUUGUUGUAGGAAGCAUAGUUGGCAGAAAGUUGGAGGCCUCUUUGGGUGCAUUGUCCCUCAGCACUUUUCUGUGGAUGGAGAAGGUGCAGCAUGAGCCACAGAAAAGCUCUGAUAAGAGAACUCUGGAAAAAACAGAUAUUUUUAAAAAAAUCACUUGUUACUCAAGCAUCAAUAUUGCUCUUCCAGGCAGCACUGUGUAGCUUUUGAUCAGACAGCUUUCACUAGUACCCUGCAGUCAGCAUCUUUCCACAUCAUAACACUUCAUAAUUGCCACCAAAUUCCAUUCUUUGUGGCGGUAUUUUAUGGAAAGACAGAAGAUAGGGAGGUCUAAAGUUCGCUAAUACCAGAGGCUCUCUGAAAGGGGAGAGACUGGUUUGGUAAGAUAUGCCUGCAGAUCUAAUGCUCUUCUCAGUGCUCCAGACGAAGAUAGACCUCUUGCCCAGGUCCUUGCCAAUAUGAUCUGAGGGAAAAUUCCACCCACAAAGUUUGGGUUCAUUAUAGAUGUGCAGAUAUGAGGAUAUAAAUAUCUAGCCCUAAAUAUGCUGAGCCACCGUAAACUUUAGUCACUCUUCAUGCUUUCAUGAAGAACCUAUUAAACUGCAUUUGCAUAAAAAGCUCAGUGGAAGGAUAUUAAGGUUGAGAGUCAUGAAGUUUGAAAUUUCCCUCCACCGCAACCUUAAAAAUGUGAUAAAUUAAUUGUUAAAAACCGCUACAGCAUGGUAAGUUUUUAUACAGAAUUUUCAUUACCCCCAAGCAGCUUGUGCUUUUAUUGGUCCUUACCAGGAAAAUGUUUCUUUAGAAACUUUUCAUUUUAAAAAUGAUUCACAUACUUAGAUUGAGUGAAAUGUCAAAUACAUUUCAGUUUCUUUUUUUAAGCAAAUAUCCAUCUGAGAAGAAGAGUGGGGGGAGACUUUAGGGGCUGGGGGCUCAUGUCAAAGAUCUCUUGGAGAAGAACAUCCUCCUCCAUCGACAUUCAAAUCUGAAUAACAUUUUUGUUUCUAUCAAACUGUUUAGCCUGCAGUUGAACUUGGCAGAGAAAUCUCUGCAGUAUGGUCUUGUCUAGUGAGGUUAUUUGCUAUUUAUUAUUGAUGUUCCAUAAGCUCUAAAGACUUUAACUUGACUCUUUUUAUAUAAAGGAUGGCAAAAUUUGUGCUAGAUUGAGCAGAUAGGUCCUGGACAGUAGAUGGGGACACUGUAAAAUGCAGAAGGGGUAUUCUCACUAUUUAGACACUAAGGAAGUAGAUCAGAAUGGUAUUUUUAGGGGAGAACUUAUUUAAAGGGAGGAAAUAAAGAAGAGCUUCCUUGGGAACUGUCCCAUGGAUUUGAGCAAAGUAAUUGAUUACAGUAUUUGGUAUAUAGAAAUAAAAUUUUAUGCUGCUUCAGACAUUCAUGAUACAGAAUGGUGGCUAAGCUAAGGUAAAUUUACGGUUUAUAAAUGGAUCAAUUUGCUGAGUGAUAGAACCUUCUAACAUGUUAAUAUUACACAUGAGAAUUGACAUUCAUCAAAAUAAUUUAAAGCAGCUGUUGGAAUUUUUGAGCAGUUGGUAAAUGCUAAUCAGGGCCUUUAGUUAGUUCAUAGAGACUCAAUUUUGUUUAGAUCGCUAUUGCUUUUGUAAUCAGUAAGUUUUGUUUUCAGACUUAAGUGAUCUGGCAGGCUUAAUUUUAUUUCCUGUAUUUAACCUGAGCAAGCACAUUUCAAUGGAAGAGGAAAUUUCCUGCUAAUUCCUUGAUUGGCUGUUCCUACAAAGCUCUUAAAUUUCAAAAUGCAGCAUGGUCUAGUUGAACACAAGCAUUGUCCUUUAGGAAAGAAUGAUGAAGUGAAAUAGUGGGUGAGAUGGUAGCUGUGCAUUUUCUCAGUGGGAAAACUGUAUGAAUUUAAACUUCACCUACACAUGACA